AUGGUUGCCUAUUCUCCAAUCAUUGCCACCUAUGGUAAUCGUGCGGAACAGUUUUUAGAAACAGAUUCUGAUUUCGCCAAAUAUCAUGCCAAAUUGAAUAAAAAGUUGCAACAUUUGAGGAGCCGUUGCCAUUUGGUCACUAAGGACACCAAGAAAUACUCAAGUAAAAAUAAGUACGGCGAAAUUAACUCCGAAGAUUAUGAUCACAAGACUAAGUUGAUUGGUGUUUUGAUUUUAUUACAUGCUGAAAGAGACUUGGCAUUGGCUGAAACUUUGAAAUUGAGAGCUCGCCAAAGAGGAAAGUUAAAGAAAAGUGAAGGAAAGGUUCUGUCCACAAGGUUAAAGAAGGCUUGCAAGACUGCUGAUAAAUUGGUCAACGUCACUCAAAAUGAACACCAAUGGAUAACCCGUGUGCAGUAUUUAUCCUUUGCCAAAUUGACACAUGCCGAAUAUCUAAUUAAUGGAAAAAGGUUUAAGAGAAAGGACAGUGCCAAAAUUUCGAACAACUUAGCCCUCGUUUUCGCCGCAUUGGAACAUUUAAAAAAUCUAAAUUUAUUAUCCGAAGAAGUCGUAGAUAACAUUGUUAAUAAAUACCAGUACUCCCUCAAGCAAUACGCAGGAAAUCUAAUUACAACACCUGAAAUAAAUAACUUUAUUGUUGAAAGAGUUCAAUCCGAUGAGAAUAAAGACGAUGAGCUAGUGAAAUUGUUAUUGGACAAUGGAUUCAAUAUGAAAAAAAUCACAACCUCCACUGAAGAUCAAAAGGCUACCACUAACAUAAACUGGAGGUCUUUCAACGCCAAGAUAAUGGAUGCUGAAGUCGCUCAAUUUUUGGAACAAGGUCUAUCCAUACACCCAACUCAGAUUCCUCAAUAUACACAGAAGCUAUCAAAAUUGGAAAAAGCUUUAGACCGCCAUGAAUUUUACAUUGCAAACCACGACGAUCAAGACGACAUAGAUGAGAUGGUUGAAAAUAGUUCUGAGAACAACCAGAUCAUUUUAGCCUACAUUAAAUAUAAUAUUCUUUUGACUUCUAUUUCUCGUGAGAGAGAUUUGUUUGCUCAUUUGUGGAACCAAUGGCUGAAAUUGAAUACUUCAAUACCAUCGAAGUUAACAAAAUAUAAAGAAAUGGAUCGUAUUGUGAAAAAUCUGGCAAAAUAUUUAUCGGACAUCAUGGAACUACCUGGUGUUUAUUCAGAUGACGAGUUGCUAAGUCAAUUAGACUUGUGUAAGCUAUAUUUCCAGCUAUUUCUGAAUACGGGCUGCCUAAGCGUUUUAUAUCAAUCGAAGGGUAGAUAUAUGGAAGCGUUAGCUCUAUAUGUGGACGCUUACCAAAGAUUAGAAGACAAACUCUCUGAAAUUGGAACUUUAGAUGAAGUUUUACUUCCAGCGACUCUUUUGUCUUUGAAUUCUAUCCGAAGUCUACAAAAGAGAAUCGAAAACGGUGGUAAUAGUGUCAUUACUCUCGCUGAAUAUGAAAAAGGAAAUCAUGGUGACAACCCGGGAAAAUAUGAUUUGACAGUAAUUGAAAAAUUGGAUAGUAAAAAAGUAGUGCCAACGGACAUACAGUUAAAGAAUUUAUUCCCUCUUAAACCAAAAAUGCUACCCGUUCCUAGUAAACCAACACUUUUCGAUUUAGCCUUCAACUACAUAACGUAUGAUAAGCAAGAAACCCCAGAGCCCCACUUGAAAGACUCCGUCACGGAAACCGAGAGCGCCUCUCUAACACCAAUUUCUAAUGAGCAGAUGAAAGGGGAACCUAGGAAGAAGCGUGGUUUCUUGGGCCUAUUUGGUCGCUAA